AGAGGGAGGGAGAGAGAGAGGCAGGAGGAGGCAGCCGCGCACUGCAGCGCUCAGUCCAGCCGAGCGAUGGAAGAAGCGCAGCGCAGCGACCCGACCCGGCGAGCGGCUGUCCCAGAGAGCAGCCUCGGGGCUCGGGACAUGCGCGCUCCGUGUCGGCUCGGACGGGUCCGGAGAGCCGUCUUCUGGCUGGGGCUGCUGUGGGCACUCGGGCUGGCCCAAGGUGAAGCUCCCCAGACUCCUCCCUCGUCACCGGCCAGCCCUCAGGGCUCCCUGCUGGGGGCUCUGGGGCAGGGGCAGCCGCCUCUCAGCGGUGGGGAGGUCGCAGGAGAUGCUCAGGAGCUGCUGGAGUCCGUCCUGGCAGAGAGGGAUUUCCUGCUCAGCAAAAAGGGGGCCGCGUUUCCUACAGCUCUGCCAGGAGACUUGAACCCCAAACGCAUCCUGGCUGAGGUGGGGCGCCGAGGGGGGAUCCUUUCUUCUAAACAGAUUAGCGCCGCCCGCAAGAGACUGAGACCCCACGAGACGUCUGCAGCUCCCCAGCUGCUCACCCCAGGACCCACAGACAGAGAGCCAACAAGAGCCUCAGUUUCCCAGUGGCACUUUACGACUGGAACCCCAAUGCCCAGCGUCCCCUCACUGCUCACUGCAGACAUACCCCCCACACUGACCCCUGGGAAUGAGGAAAGACCAAAUGCCUCCGCCCCCACUAUCGACACCAUGACAACUGUCGCUAGCUCUGGAACCACGCAGGCUACAGUGUCCAGGUGCAGUGUGGGUUUCUCAGACCCUGAAGGCCAUAUUGACUCCUCGGAUGACCCCCCUCCACCCUCUGGGAGCUUGCUGGAAUGUACUUACACUGUCACUGUGUACACUGGCUACGGAGUCCCCCUGCAGGUGAAAAGUGUAAAUCUGUCUGAGGGAGAGCAGCUGUCAAUCAGGGGCGUAGAUGAGGGUGGGGUCCUGCUUGUCCUGGCCAAUGAAACACUGCUGGUGGAGGGUCAGGUGAUCCGCAGUCCAACCAAUACCAUCUCGGUCUUCUUCCGAACAUUUCCCGAGGGGGGGGUGGGAACCUUCCAGCUGCACUAUCAGAUCUUCAGGCUGAGCUGUGCAUUGCCACGGCGUCCUCACCAUGGCGAUGUGUCAGUGCUGGACCUGCACGCAGGCGGCAUGGCGAAGUUCCGCUGUCACCUGGGAUACCACCUGCAGGGGGAGCCCCAGCUCACCUGUCUCAACGCCUCGCGGCCACACUGGAGUUCCCACGAGCCGACCUGCCGGGCGCUCUGUGGAGGGGCAGUGCAGAACGCUACAGUGGGCAGGGUUCUGUCCCCCUCGCCCUCCACCAGCACGAACGACAGCACUGCCAUCAGCUGCUCGUGGACACUGGAGGCCCCUGCUGGACAGAGACUGCACCUGCACCUGGAGAGGCUGGCCCUGGGGCCCACAGACAGGCUGGUGUUGUGGAGCGGUCUGGACGCAGGGUCAGUGGUCCUGUUCGACUCAGGCAGAGGUGGACCAAUACCAUUUGAGGGGGUGAUCAGCGAGGGCCCAGCUGUCCGUGUCCAGUUCACUUCUGACCUCCCACAGCCCCCCGGUGGCUUCAACAUCCGCUAUGAAGCGUUUGAACGUGGGCACUGCUAUGAGCCCUACUUACAGAAUGGGAACUUCACGACCUCUGACCCAGGGUAUGGGGUGGGGGCAGUGGUGCAGUUUAGUUGCGCCCCAGGUCACUCUCUGGAGCAGGGUCCCCCCGUCAUCGAGUGUGUCAAUGAUCGUGACCCCUACUGGAACGACACCGAGCCACUCUGCAAGGCGCUAUGUGGAGGGGACCUAUCUGGCCCCAGUGGGGUGAUCCUGUCCCCAAACUGGCCAGACGCAUAUGGGGAGGGUGAGGACUGCAGCUGGCGGAUCCACGUGGACGAAGACAGACGCAUCCUGCUAGACGUCCAGCUUCUGAACCUCAGCGACAGUGAUAUUGUGACGAUUCUGGAUGGUGACGAGGUCACGACCCGCAUCCUGGGACAGUACAUCGGGGGAACCAGCCCCUUCAAGUUGUCGUCCUCGACCCCUGACCUCACCAUCCAGUUCCACUCCGACCCCGCGGGGCUGCUGUUCGGGAAGGGGGAGGGGUUCAUCAUCAACUACAUGGAAGUGUCCCGAAACGACUCGUGCUCAGACCUGCCAGAGAUCCAGAAUGGCUGGAAGACAACAUCCCACGCGGCGCUGGUCCGAGGGGCCAGGAUCACGUACCAGUGUGACCCGGGCUACGACCUGGUGGGCCGGGAGACCCUGACCUGCCAGUGGGAUCUGAGCUGGAGCAGCCAGCCCCCCUUCUGCGAGAAAAUCAUGUACUGUUCAGACCCUGGCCACGUGGAGCACGCCACACGCACACUCUCUGACCCCAAGCUCCUGGUUGGCACCACAAUCCAGUACACCUGCAACCCUGGUUACGUCCUGCAGGGUGGGGCUAUUCUCACCUGCUACGGCCGUGAGCCUGGCACCCCAGUGUGGACGUCACGCCUGCCACGCUGCGUCUCGGAGGAGUCCGUGUCCUGUGAGAAUCCAGGGCUCCCGGAGAAUGGAUACCAGAUCCUGUACAAGCGGCUCUAUCUACCUGGAGAGUCGCUCACCUUCAUGUGCUACCAGGGCUACGAGCUGAUUGGAGAGAUCGCCAUCAAGUGCAUCCUGGGAAACCCCUCCUACUGGAGCGGGCCACUGCCACUCUGCAGGGCCAGCCAGGACUGCUUUGACAACCAUGCGCUGGAAGUGGCAGAGGCAGCUGCAGACUCCUCUCUGGACGGUGGGAACAUGGCUCUGGCCAUCUUCAUCUUGGUCCUUCUGCUUUCUGUCCUCCUGGGGGGAGCAUAUGUCUACGUCACAAGGUGCCGGUACCACUCACACCUGAGGCUGCCCCUGAUGUACACCCAUCCCUACAGCCAAAUCACUGUAGAAACAGAGUUUGACAACCCCAUCUAUGAGACAGGGGGGGACACAAGGGAGUAUGAGGUGUCAAUAUGAGGAACCCCUAUACGUCCAACCCCUCCAAGCCUGUCCCCACCCCCCGCCCCAAAUGUAAAUACCCCCCCACCCCAGAGCCUGUGAGUCCGGACUCGCUCUCUGUGAAAGGAACAGCACACUGACGCGCAGGGAGAGAGCGAGAGAGAGAGAGAGAGAAUGAGAGAGGAAGGUUGAAGGGAGAGAAACGAGUGGAGAGAGAAGAUGAGAGGGAGAGAGAGGGAGUAAGAGAAAAUUAAAGAGAGUAAGAGAGGGAGAGAGAUUCCCUUUGCAUUGCCUGACACACAGCUCUUUAAAAACAGAGGCUGGCUGGAGUGAGUUAGUUCUUUUGGAAAAGAUUCUGAAUUAAAAGUCACUGCUAAAUUAUGAGGACUCGGCAUUAGAAAGCUCAUGAUUCCUCACCCAUUGAAUGAGCACUGAUGCUGUACUUGGAGACUGAGAAGAUGCCCUGAACUUUAGAACUAUCCACGCUGAGACACACUAACAGAGAUAGACUGUCCCCUCUGACACACACUGAAAAAAACAGAGACACUGUCCCCUCUGACACACACUGA